AUGGCUUACCAAGGUGGCGAGCGACGAGUCGCCGACCGACAAGGUGCUCGUCGACCUGCUAACCCACAACCUACUGAUGGCUUGUGGGCUGCUCAUGAGGACUUACACGGCAUUGAGAGAUUUCGUCAAUUGAUAAGACGCAAUGCUUACCAACCGAUCACACGCUUCGCAGGAAGCCCGCCACUGAGCGUUUUGUCUUCGGUAUUCAAUCAACCACACAACAAUGCCGACGCUCCAACCCGCUACGGCGGAUCCAGUACUACGGCCACAAAUUCUCCAACUGCAGAGUUUUUUGAUGAGAAUAGUGUCGCUGGUGAAACAUGUGUUGAUCAACAACCAUGGGAAUGGCGGCAAUUCCAACCCAACUUUCCAUCCCGAUUCAUCAGACCUCGGCCUACGAGUGUCAUAGCCAAUCUACACCAACAACAGCCUCAUCCUCCUCCAACUCGCCCGACCCAGGCUCAACUUCCUCAAGCCGAUCCUUCGCCGUCACGUCCCCUUCCAACAAAUCUUCAUCAGGCGGAGAACCACGUGGCUGGCACAGCUCAAAACGUGCCGGCGAAUACUGGGUUCGAACCGAUGAACCAUUGGACCGCUUGCUUCCAAGGGCGUGUUCUGCCACCACAAGUCUUGGCUCGACAGCUCGCAGACGCUGGGAUGUCCCUCAACUACGCUGGCAACCCUUACUUGGACAGAAACAGGUCGGCGAACAUACCAGAAGAGCUCAGCACCUCUCUCUGGAUUACCAAUCUUCCCCCAGCCUGCACCCACCCGCUACUGCUCGGUGCCAUCAAGGACUGUGGAAAGAUAUACGCCACAGUCAUCAAUCCGCCCGAGAAUAACAGCCACACAACUUCGGCCUCCAAGCUCGUCUUCUUCGAACGCCUCGGGGCCGACAAGCUGCUGAUGAAAGCCCGCGCCGGCCAAUUCACCGUUGGAGGGUAUGUCCCGCGGGUCCGCAUGAACCGCAUCCGAUCCGCACCAGAAAGGCCAGGCCCACAGUGCCGGGUGCUGCACAUUGAGGGCCCCAGCCACAUCGUGAACGAGACCUUCCUCAACGCCUUCUUCCGCACGAAGUUUGUGUACGAGCUCGAGGCUGUUCUCACCUUGGCCACGAACGGCACCAACGCUCGACAGGAGUGGCGGUUCGGAAGCUACAGGUGCCAGGCCGAGUCGGCCCGCCAAGCCAUCUCGAAAGAGAAGAACCGCCUCGACCAGACCGAAGCCGAGCGCCUGGCGUGGCGGCAGGUCUUUGUUCACUUCGGCGUCGAUCCGUGCGCUUAG